AUGAAAGGAAGCCGGUACAAGUCAAUUCUCUGUGAGCUCAUGGCCUUUAGAGCUGAUCACAACUUCCCAACUAGCACUGUCUUCAGUCAAGAAGAGCUGCUGGAAAUCACACCGGACGACGUCUGCCAUUGGAUGAAUUAUCGCGCUUUUGGGGACCGCAGUCCUACGGAAGACGCGAAUCCAGUGAACGCCCGGGCAUCUACCUUGGAGUACGCUAAGAAAGCGAUCUCCUCUUUCAUGCCACGACGGACGGUCCCGUGGGAUCCUAUCCGUAAUGAAGGCAGUAUGGAUCCUCGCGUCUGUGUGCUUCUUAACAUCGCUGUUCAUGUGGAGAUGACCGGAAAGACGUCAUUAUCAUCUUACGUGUUUGGCAAUCUACCGGAUGGAGAUCGCGUCGUCCGCCGCUUCAUACAAGAAAUCUUCGUUGGAUCCACCUUCCACAAGCUGAAGCCAGGCAACCUGGGAACGCACAGCUUGCGAAAAGGUGCAGCUACUUACGGUAGCCGAAGUGGUCUACCUAAGGUCUAUGUUAAUCGGCGUGGAAGGUGGCGUAAAAGGAAAAGUGUUGUCGAUGUGUACAUUGACAACGCUCAACCGUAUCCAGACGCUGUAGCUGCCGGGGCAUUGGCGGGGCCGAUUGGUCCUUGUCGCUACGUACUCAAGGACGGUGUACAGACUGUCACUGACGACGUGUUAAUUCAUCAAGUUGGACCUGUGAUUAAAGAGGCUAUGGGUGACGAGGUGGCACGUGUACUUGCACUGCCACUUAUUUGGGCAAGUUUGGUGCCGCACGGAAGUUUCGAUUGCGAAGUCAUACCGGCUGCGCUCAAGAAGCGCAUUUUGCAUGCCUACGUUAAUGCUGGAGGAAAUCCAUCUAUAAAUGCGGUAGAGCGUGUACCCAUCCAUGUUGUUGGCGAGGGUGCGCAGCUUCAGCUCGUUGAAGUACGAGAAGACGCUGUCGAAAGCGGUGCUCUCGAACACACUAGCGGGGGCAUUAGCGCGGAUAGCACGCGUAAGGAGUUCGCGUCAAUUCACUCGCAGCUGUUCGGCAUGCAGCGCCAGACAGCCAACGUUUUGAACGAGGUUCUUCGGUCGCGCGCUGAAACUCAACGCGACUACCAAAAGCUGUUGGCGGUGCGACCGAAGGACCUGUACGAGCUUUGGGAGGAGUACCAGUUUGGUUUAAGCGGGUUAAAACCAGCCAAAGAUUUCACUGCAGCAGAUCGCGGCGCCAACAAAUUUGCGUAUUCUCGUCGCAAGGUAUUCUGGGACGCCGUUGCUACGUUUGUACGCUCGGGGUUCACCAGCGACGUUGCCAUUGACAGAAAUUACGCGGCCUAUGGUCGGCAGCUCUCUGUCACUCGCAUCCUUGCCGCCCUUCGCAAUGACAAACACCAAGGUGGCCAUCCAUCUCUCCGUCUGUAG